UACCUUCGUCUAAAUCAUUCCAAAAUUUCAGAACUUCAUCUUCUCUAACUAAAUCUACUUCAUCACAACUUAAAUUCUUCUUUCAAUUCUAAUUUCUUCGCAUAAGCUCAUACCUAACAACCCAAAAUCACAUAAUCCAUUAUCUUCGUCAACACAAUGAGCAACCCAACCCUUAUAGGUCCACCUGAACUCUACAUCGCCGAACCCACCGCAACCCUCGCCCAAACAGCCCCAGCCCCAACCCCCGACCCGGCUCCAAUCCCAACAGUUACAGGCACCACUCCAAGUGACCCCUUCAUGGACCUAAUGGUGUCCGCAUUCAACACCACAUCAACCCCAAACAUGACCUUAACGGAAAAUUUAUCCCCAACAUUUCUCACCACGGGGAACCCAUGUCUGGACUUCUUCUUCCACGUGGUUCCGGACACCCCACCAGCGACCCUCCUCCAAAGACUCCAACUUGCGUGGGCCCACAACUCCUUCACCGCCCUAAAACUCGUCUGCAACCUCCGUGGAAUCCGCGGUACCGGCAAGUCCGACCGCCGGAACUUCUACGGCGCGGCGAUCUGGCUCCAUCGCCACCACCCCAAAACCCUCGCUGCUAACAUUCCCUCCCUCGCUGACUUUGGAUACUUCAAGGACCUCCCCGAAAUCCUUUACCUCCUUCUAGAAGGUUCCGAUGCCCGCGAAAUUAAAAAAAAAAAAGAGUGGUGCAAGGAAAAACUGCGGUGCAAGGCAAAACGGCGGAUGAUCAACAGAAGAAAAAAACGUAGGACUACUAAGACGCAAAAGGGGAAAAGGGAGGCUUUGAACGAAAUAGUCGACGCGGCGAAGGACAAAACUGAGGCUUCCGAGAAAGAACUUUCACAUGUUGCAAGAGAAGAGAAAAGGGUGGCAUUGGCGAAGAAGCUCGUUGAUCGUUAUACAAGCGACCCAGAUUUUCGAUUCCUUCAUGAUCGCGUCUCUGAUUAUUUUGCCGAGUGUUUGAGGAAGGAUCUCGAGUUUUUGAAAUCUGGGUCGGUGACGAAAAUCAGUCUUGCCGCGAAAUGGUGUCCCUCUGUGGACUCAUCUUUCGAUCGACACACUUUGUUGUGUGAAACUAUUGCGAAGAGGGUUUUUCCUCGGGAGGAAUAUAACGAGUACGACGGGGUUGAUGAGGCGCAUUAUGCUUAUAGAGUUCGUGAUCGGUUGAGGAAGGAGGUGUUGGUGCCUUUGAGGAAGGUGUUGGAGUUGCCUGAGGUGUUUAUAGGGGCCAAUCGUUGGGAUUUGAUUCCUUACAAUAGGGUUGCUUCUGUGGCUAUGGAAUUUUAUAAAGAGAAGUUUUUGAAGCAUGAUAAGGGGAGGUUUGAGGCUUACUUGGAGGAUGUGAAGUCAGGGAAGAGUACUAUUGCUGCCGGUGCUUUGCUUCCCCAUCAGAUCAUAAGGUCAUUGGAUAAUGGGGAUACUGGGGUUGUGGCUGAGUUGCAGUGGAAGAGGGUGGUUGAUGAUUUGAAGAAGAAAGGGACGAUGAAGAGUUGUUUGGCUGUUUGUGAUGUGUCUGGGAGUAUGGACGGGUUGCCCAUGGAGGUGUGUGUGGCAUUGGGGUUGUUAGUGUCUGAGUUGUGUGAGGAGCCUUGGAAGGGGAAGGUUGUGACUUUUUCUGCUGACCCUGAACUUCAUUUGAUUAAAGGGGAUGAUCUCAAGUCCAAGAAGGAGUUUGUGAAGAACAUGGAUGCGGGCGGGAACACUGAUUUUCAGAAGAUGUUUGAUCUGAUCUUGGAGGUGGCUGUGAGUGGGAAUCUGAAAGCAGGUCAGAUGAUAAAGAAGUUGUUUGUGUUCAGUGACAUGGAGUUUGAUCAAGCCUCAACAAACCCUUGGGAGACUGAUUACCAAGCAAUCACUAGGAAGUUUGGAGAGAAAGGGUUUGGCGAUGUGGUGCCUCAGAUGAUUUUUUGGAAUCUGAGAGACUCGAAGGCCACCCCAGUGCCAGCAACUCAGAAAGGAGUGGCAUUGCUCAGUGGGUUUUCUAAGAAUUUGCUCACAUUGUUCUUGGACAAGGAGGGGGAGCUAGACUCCGUAGAAACCAUGGAAGCAGCAAUUUCUGGUUCAGAAUAUCAGAAACUAGUUGUGGUCGAUUAGUUGAUUACUCCCUUCUGAUUUCUUUUCUGAUGUUUUUAAAUAUGUAUGGCACCAUUUCCUAUUCCCAUCUUCUAUGACAUGUUUGCGAUUUUAUAUAGAAUUGUUAGAUUUUGUUAGGUGCAAACCAAAAUAUAAGAUUAGAAGAAAUGGAAAAAAAGAAUAACGGCCACGGCGGAAUGUAGGUGCGGUUCGUCGCCGACCACCACAUCAAGACAGUGGUGAAACGGUUUCUGCAUGACGGUUCAUGGCAGCUGCUUUGGCCGUCGCCGAAUUGCGGAACAGAAUGGUGGUAGUCAAAAUCGCGCUUGUGGGUAGAAGAAGCAGUCGUGGUUCUGUUUAACCCGGCCCGAAACAAAAUCAUACGUUUUUUUGGAAUGGCUAUACGGAUCCAAAUGUUUUAUAUAUGUUUAUUGUUUGGUAACCUUAGUCAUGAAAUUG